AUGACGGAUUACAAAGUCUGCGAUAUCAGCCUCGCGGAGUGGGGCCGCAAGGCGAUUACCCUGGCGGAGAAUGAGAUGCCCGGGCUCAUGGAGCUCCGCCGGGAGUACGGCGGCGCGCAGCCCCUCAAAGGCGCCAAAAUCGCGGGCUGCCUGCACAUGACGAUCCAGACCGCGGUUCUGAUCGAGACGCUCUGCGCGCUCGGCGCGGAGGUGCGCUGGAGCUCGUGCAAUAUCUUCUCCACCCAGGACAACGCCGCCGCGGCGAUGGCGAAGCGCGGGGUGGCGGUCUUCGCCUGGAAAGGCGAGACCGAGGAGGAGUACGUCUGGUGCAUCCGGCAGACCCUCAAGGGCUUCUCCGGCGACGGCCGGCCGAACCUCAUCCUGGACGACGGCGGCGACCUAACGAGCCUGGUCCACGAGGAGUACCCCGCGCUGAUCCCCGCGAUCUACGGCAUCUCCGAGGAGACCACCACGGGGGUGAUGAGUUUGUACAAGCGCCAGCAGAAGGGCCGCCUCGCGAUCCCCGCGAUCGACGUCAACAACAGCGUCACGAAGAGCAAGUUCGACAACCUCUACGGCUGCCGGGAGUCCCUGGUGGACGGGAUUAAACGCGCGACCGACGUCAUGAUCGCGGGCAAGACCUGCUGCGUCUGCGGCUUCGGCGAUGUUGGGAAGGGCUGCGCGGCGGCCCUGCGCGCCUUGGGCGCCCGCGUGCUGGUGACCGAAAUCGACCCCAUUAACGCCCUGCAGGCCGCGAUGGAGGGCUACCAGGUCGUCCUGAUCGACGACGUCAUCGAGAGCGUGCACCUGUUCGUCACCUGCACCGGGAAUGACGACAUCAUCACCGCCGCGCACUUUGUGCGGAUGCGCGAGGACGCCAUCGUGUGCAAUAUUGGGCAUUUCAACACCGAAAUCCAGGUCGAGUGGCUGGAGGCGAACGCGAAGGAGCACGUGGAGGUGAAGCCCCAGGUGGAUCGCUACACAAUGGCGAACGGCCGCCACAUCAUUCUGCUCGCAAAGGGCCGGCUGGUGAAUCUCGGCUGCGCGAGCGGCCAUUCCUCCUUCGUGAUGUCGAACUCGUUCACCAAUCAGGUCCUCGCGCAGAUCGAGCUCUGGACGAAUCGGGAUAACGACAAGUACCCACGUGGCGAGAAGUCGAAGGUGUACUUAUUGCCCAAAUUGUUGGAUGAGAAGGUCGCCGCCCUGCACCUCGCACACCUCGACGCGAAGCUCACCAAACUGACCCCGAAGCAGGCUGAGUACCUUAACUGCCCAGUCGAUGGACCGUUCAAGCCCGAUCACUACCGUUAUUAA